UCAUGUCCUCUGUCGGUCGUGGUUCUUCGGUUCUCUCGGCGGACAAUGAGCUCGCAGUGUCCGCAGGGACAGAGAGGGACUCCUCGGCUAGCUGCUGCUGCUGCAGAGAGGGAGCGACCCUGGAGGCAGGAAACCUUCAAACACUUGAACUAACAGAGACUCGCGUGUGUUUAACAGAAGUGAAGUCUUGUAUGAGUUUUGAUCUGUGACUAACAGCACCCGAACUUUAGUGACACGCGUGUUAGAAUUAGCAUGCGGCUCUCCUGACACUGUUAGCCGCUAAUCCAGCAGCGGCUAACGAGCACUGCGGCUCCAUGUGUUCCUCCUUCGCGGUUAAAUGAGAUGAUUCAUCGGAUUAUUAAUAGCUCGUGUCGGGAGCUGCUGUAAGGAGGAGCUCUGUAAUGGGGCCGAAGAGAAGGUCACAGAGAAAUCUGUGUGAUGGUGAAGAUGUGGUGGUUAAACGUGCACGGAUCGAAGAAUCUGGCUGGACUGGGGUGAACGAGCGAACCUUCAUCGCUGUGAAGCCUGAUGGCGUGCAGCGGAGGCUGGUUGGAGAAAUCGUGCGGCGCUUCGAGAGGAAAGGGUUCAAGCUGGUGGGCCUCAAACUUAUGCAGGCAUCUGAGGAGCUCCUCAGGGAACAUUACUCGGAGCUGAGGAGUAAACCCUUCUUCAGAGGACUGAUCGCCUACAUGAGCUCAGGACCAAUUGUUGCAACGGUGUGGCAGGGUUUGGACGUGGUUAAAACCGCACGUAAGAUGUUGGGGGAGACCAACCCCGCGGACUCGCUGCCAGGAACCGUCCGAGGAGAUUACUGCGUGGAAGUGGGAAGGAACGUGAUCCACGGCAGCGACUCUGUGGUGAGCGCCCAGAGGGAGAUUUCUCUGUGGUUUCGUCAGAACGAGCUUCAGAGCUGGGAAGACAACUGCAGCCACUGGAUCUACAACUGAUCUUCGAAAUCCAGUGUAUGUAAACCAUCCUGUUGGUAAACCAGUGUUUCUUUUAUUUUGUUAGUCUCAGUACAAGAUGAAUCUCAUUGUACCUCAGAGGAAGAUUUUGGCUUUAUUAGCUCGUAGCUACAGGAGAGAUGCUGCGUCAUUGCUGCCUUGCUGGGUCUCUUGCUGUCUUUUUUUUUUUUUAUUCAUUUGAAAAUAUAAUCUAUAUGAAGUGAGUCUGAGAGGGGAAAUGAUUCUUUGUAGCAAAAGUGCACUAAAUUACCAAAAAACUUGACUGUUAGUUUUCAGUAUGGCUUCUAAUGAGUGCAGAACACUAGCUCACACAUAACUUUUAAGCAAUAAGCUUGGAUUUCGUGCAAUAAAAGAACAGAAAUUGUAACAAUUGAUCCCAAAGGUCAGUUUCUAUCAAAGGUACACUAAACUGUUUACUUCCCGUCAACCCUUUCUAUGUGUUUUUCCCACAUCAGUACACAAGUACUCAGGUGAAGUUACGGGAAACAUCAAAUCACAGCUACGUUGUUUACCAGCUUAGUUUGUUUUGAGCCUUUGUAUUGAAGGUGAAAAAUCAGCCACAUGUAAUGAAACCACAAAACGUUAAAGAAAUCAAUAAUAGAAGUUAACCGGCACCAUUAUUGUACAUUCACGAUUUUUCAGUUUCCUGUAACUUUUCAAUUCAAAUUCUGUAAGAAUGUAAACACAGUCCCAUAACUCUAGCAAACUUGAAUAAUGAUUGAAAAAGCCUUUAAAAUAUGAUGUAUAAAUCUUCUUUCUUUGUUUACGACGCUGAAUGAAGUUUGCUAAUAUCUUUUUAUAAAACAUGUCAUUUUUCCAUCAUGUCUUCACUCCAUGCUUUUUAAAAACACUAAUGCUUAAGUGGAUUGUAUUGGACAUGUCAAUCAAUAAAUCCAA